AUGGCUUCCCCAUUCCCCUUCGCAGCGGCUCCCGACAUUAUUCGCUCCCACCAGAAAGAUGCCUACUUCACCGGCCACCUCACAAACACCCUGACCGACCUCCAUCGCCGCCUCCUCGGCGCCCGCUCCGCCCACGCUCUCGCCCCCGAACUACGCACCGUUGCCUCGCUGCUCUACUUUGCCCUCACCACGCUCCCCGGGAACCGGACGCUGGGCGAGGAAUACUGCGACCUGGUACAACUCGAAGGCCACACUGGCCAACUGCCCAGCCUGCGACGGAGGGCAGGCUACAUUGUCGCCUCGAUCCUGGUGCCGUACGGCGUGUCGCGGGCGCUGCCAGGUCUGCGGACGCGGUUGCGCAGGGUCCUAGAAGCCCGCCUCGCCGUCCAGCGGCAGAAGGACCCCAAGUCACGGCAGACGAGGAUACUGGAAUACAUCCUGCGCCAUCUACCGAGCCUCACCCCCUCGGCACCGCUGCACGCCCUGACGCUGGCCGUGUUCUACUUUAGCGGCACGUACUACGAGCUCUCCAAGCGCCUCCUCAGCCUGCGCUACGUGUUCACGCGCAAGGUGCCCGACAGCCCGGAUCGAGCGGGCUACGAGGUCUUGGGCGUGCUGCUGGUGAUUCAGAUGGCCGUCCAGGGAUAUCUCCAUGUUCGCUCGACACUGCAGGCGCAGGAGCCGCCGAGGGAGAGAGUCGGGUUCGAGGCCGCCGCCGCCGCCGAUGUGUCGCUGGACCACGACAACUCGUACUCGGCGAACAAUGCCCUUCUCCCGGGCAGCGGCGGGAUCGGGACCGGCCAGGGCAUUAAGAUGGACAUUGCCGCGGCGACGCAUACACCCGUUGGCACGACGCCGCGGUUCGCGUUGACGGAUGACAAGACCAUGGCCUACAUCAAGGGCAAGCAGCAGCGCAAGUGCACGCUCUGCUUGGAGGAGUUGAAGGACCCAGCGGCUACGCAGUGUGGCCACGUCUUUUGUUGGGAGUGUAUCGGGGACUGGGUCCGGGAGAAACCAGAGUGCCCCUUGUGCAGGAGAGAUGCCCUGGUGCAGCAUAUCCUGCCUCUACGAGUUCUUUGA